AUGUCAAAAAAAACAAAUAUAAAUACAAACACCAAAAUAAAUAAUUUUUUUCAAACAAAAACAAAUAACGCCAACGUCGUAAAUGAAAAAGGUUAUAUAGAGGAUGACAAUGAAAUAAUAGAUAUUAAUGAUUUUGAAGAAGACCAAAAUUUAUAUAAGAUUCAAAACAAAAGCAAUGGGAACAAUUCUAUUAACAACAACAACAAUAAUAAAAAUACACCCACAAAACCAAAUCUAAACCUCACACCAACCAAAAGUCACACUAUUUCAUUCCCAACGAGACCAAAACUACCUUCAUUUACACAACCUAAUAAUAAUAAUAAUAAUAAUAAUAAUAAUAAUAAUAAUAAUAAUAUUAAUAAUAAUAAUAAUAAUAAUAAUAAUAAUAAUAAUAAUAAUAAUAAUAAUAAUAAUAAUAAUAAUAACAAUAGUAGCACUAAUGUUAAACCAACAACCACAACCACAACUACAACUACAAUUAAUAAUAAUAAUAAUAAUAAUAAUAAUAAUAAUAUUAAUAAUAAUAAUAUUGAUUUAAAAAAUAAGUAUAGUUUUUUAACAAAUUUUAAAAAGAAAAGUUUUGCACCACUAUCAGAGCAAAUGAGACCAACAGAAUUGAGUGAUUUUAUUGGACAAGAAAGUUUAUUGGUUGGUGAUCCAAUUGUUAAAAAGUUAUUUCAAUCACCAGAAUUGCCUUCAUUUAUACUUUAUGGUCCACCUGGUUGUGGUAAAACUACAUUGGCACAAAUAGUAGCAUCCAAAUCAAAUUACAAUAUAAAUGCAUUAUCAGCAGUUGGUUCAGGUGUUAAAGAUAUUAAAGAAGUAAUUGAUAAAGCAAGAAAUACAUUACAAUUUGGUAAAAAAACAAUUUUAUUCAUUGAUGAAAUUCAUAGAUAUAAUAAAUUACAACAGGAUGUAUUAUUACCAGCAAUUGAAAGUGGUAUUAUAAUAUUAAUUGGUGCAACUACAGAGAACCCAUCAUUUGAAUUGAAUGGUGCAUUAUUAAGUAGAUGCAAAGUAUUUAAGAUGGAGAAAUUAACAAAAGAGAAUUUGGAGACAUUAAUAAAGAGAACAUUGGAAGUUACACCAUUGUUAAUGGAUAGACGUUUGAUAAUGGAUGAAGAUGCAAUAAAAUCUUUGGCAGAGAUUGCAGAUGGUGAUGCUCGUGUAGCUAUAAAUGUUUUGGAUAUGGCAAUCAAGGCUAAUAAAGAAGAACAAACCUAUAAGGAGAGAAUGGAGGAAAAGCAUUCUACCAGUGGAAUAGUUCGUGAUAUAGUUUUAACAAAAAAGCAAAUGGGUUCUCUACUACAGAGAACGAGUCUUAUUUACGACAAGGGUGGUGACGCUUUCUAUGAAUUAAUCAGUGCAUUACAUAAGAGUGUUCGUGGUAGUGACGCAAAUGCAACUGCUUAUUGGGUAAUUAGAAUGUUGGAAAGUGGUUGUGAACCACUUUAUAUUGUACGUAGAAUGGUUAGAAUGGCAAGUGAAGAUAUUGGUUUGGCCGACAAUUCUGCACUGCCAUUGGCAAUAGCCGCUUAUCAAGCCGUUCAUUUCGUUGGUAUGCCAGAGUGCACCAAUGCAAUACUUCAAUGUGCAGUAUAUUUAGCAAAUGCUGCCAAAUCAAAUUCCUGUGAUCAUUGGUAUGCUCACACUAGAGAGUACUUGGAAAAACAUGAAGGUCCACCUGUACCUAUUCAUCUACGUAAUGCUCCAACUAAAAUGAUGAAAGACUGGGGUUAUGGUGCCGAUUAUCAAUAUAAUCAUGCAUUUGAUGAUCAAUCACAAGUUACUCAAAUUUAUCUUCCAGAACCAAUUAAAAAUGAAAAGUUUUUUGAAUAUAAAUUAACCUGUCCUUCUGUUAAGGAUAGACAACAAUCUCAGGACCAAACACAACGUUCAUCUCAACAGCAACAGCAACAGCAGACUCAACCACAACAACAGACUCAACCACAACAACAGACUCAACAACAGAUUCAACAACAACUUGAACAAUUAAAACAAAUUCAACAACAACUUGAACAACAGGUUCAGCAACAAAUUCAACAACAAUCGUCACAGUCACCAUCACAACAAUCACAACUACAAGAACUACAACAAAUACAGCAACAACUACAACAAAUUCAACAGACAAACAGUCAGAUCAACAAUAAGAAUAACGAUAGUAAUAUAAUUAAAAAGAAUGUAAAUAAUAGUUUGGAUUUAAAUCCAACUUUACCAAAGAAACAAAAAAUGAUCAUACCAUCCAUAUUAGAUAACAGUAAUAAUAAUAAUAAUAAUAAUAAUAUUAAUAAAUCGCCAACACCUAUAAAGAAAGCAAAUAUAUCGCACAAUCAACUUGAUAGUUCAAUCAAUACAUCUGCUAUAACCAUUGACGAUAGUAGUGAGUGUGAUAUUAAUUUUGAUGAUGAUUUUGAUAUGGCAUCAGUAUCUUCAACAACUAUGAUAUCUAAUAUCCCUGUUGGAGCAAAUGUUGCAGGGGCAACUGAAGCAGAAACUGAAACAAAGGCAAUCUCUUCAACAGAUACAAAAGAAAGUGUAUCAAUAAAUGAUAGUGAUAAAGAUUUGACCACAACACAUAAAAAUGAACAGGACCAAAACAAUCCACCUGAUCCUAUCAGUCUUGAUUUUUAG